AUGGCAGAGUAAAAACAAACAGAGCAAAAAGGGAAAAAAGUUUCUCUUUUUAAGUAAAAAAUGCAGGCUUAAAAAGAAUAGUUAAAAGAAAGUUAACCAAGUGUAUAAUAAGCUUUUGUUACUGAAAAUAAUAAUAGCAGUAGCUUAAACAACCAAAAUGAUUAAGUCACUUAGGUAGCAGCUUUUCCAGAGUCAAUUAAACUAUCUUAAGAAGAAAUUUAGAAAAAUUUGAUUAAAAUAGAAUAAGAGGAAGAACAAAAGAAAAAAGAACUUGAGUCUAUUAAGAAUAGCACUCUAUUUGUAAAUCCAUAAGAGUAUGAAUAGAUAAAUAGCGAAAAUGAAGCAAUCUUAAAAAAUAUGAAAUCAGAUGAAAUUGAGGCUUUAUAAAAGUAAUUGUAUUCUAUUUUGGAUCCAGGAGUUAUUUCUAGAUUCAAAAAGAGAGAUCUCUUCAAGAUUAAUGAACAUCCUUCAGCAAUUAACGAAUACAAGCAGGAUGCUUACGGAUUAGAAGUUGAUCAUUUUAUAAAAAACAAUUAAGAAGAAAUCAAGAAAGUGUAUGGCAUUGAAUGUAGAACACCAUAAGAUGCAGUCAAACAAGCUUGCUUUGAUAAAAAUGGUAAUUUCUAGCUAAAUUAAACUCUUGAAAAUAGAAUGAAGGAUUUGGAGAACAUCGAUUUUGAUUAAAUAGAUUCACUUAAUUUUGAUUUACUCAACUAGCUUAUUGAUCAUGGAAAUAGAAAUUUCAAUUCAUUGGCAAUAGAUGCUAUUGAAAGAAUAAUUACUUAAAUGUAAAACCAAAUAAAAAAUUCAAAUUAAGGAGAUUUUUUAUUUGAGCUACAAGGAAUCAAAGUAUUUAGACUAGAUGUCAUAUAUUACUUAGAAUCAGAGUUAUCUCUUGCCUUCACAUUGUGCAGAUGUUUAACCGUUCCUAACAUGACUCUGAAUCUCAAUACUAUCACUUGUUUAAGAAUUUAUCUGCAGUUUAUGUUACAAGAUGAGCUUAACUAUUACAAAUAGUUCUUAUACAAACUUUAACAUUCCGAUUCUUAAAAGAAAAAAUUCAAAGCAAUUACUUAAAUUUUCAUUGAUGAAAAUCUUCUUCGUUAGAUAAGCUACAUUAUUAAUAACCUUAUACUAGGUGAUAAGUCAGACACAUUUUUCAUCAUGUUUAUUGAUAUACUUGAGAGUCUAAUUUGUAUAGAUCAUGAGUAUUUCACUAAAAAAAUUGUUGAUUUUGGCUUUGUCGAAUAAAUUAGAGCUAUUGGAGGUUAGAAAUUAGAAGAGAAGUUAGAGUUUUUAAAAUUUGAGGUGAGUAGAUUGGAUUAUGUUUAUGAAAACAUACCUUUGACUUUGGAAACAUUUAAAUUACUUAGAGAAGCUAAACAACAAAUUAGCAAUAUCACUUUGGAAAAAUAUAACUAAAGCUUGCAAAAGUUAAUUAGUUAGUGGAAGCUUAUUAAGAUAGAUUCCAAAGCAUCUAUUUAAUAGAAAGAAGGGGUUUUAAAGAAAAUUAGAGAUUUAUUGAUUUUUGGUGAAAAAUUAAAUUUUGUAAAGAAAAUAUCUUUAGAAAAGAAUUUAUUCAGUCUCAACUCUUCAAUUGUAGAAAAUACAAUUUUAUUAAUACUUGAAUUACAUAAUGAAUAAGGAGAAUAAGGAUAUGCAUUGCCAGAAGAGAAGGUAGAAAUAAAGCAUUUCUUAUUUGAAUAGAGUGAAACAUUAAACAAAUAACAAUAAGCUGAUAAUAAUUAAAGAUAACAUUAAGAUUUCUAGAAUACUUACACUAAAUAAGAUAUUUCUUAUUUAAUAGAAGGACUUAUUUACUCUGAAGGCAAGGGAAUUCCCCACUGCUAUAAGCAUAUUAUAGAUAAAAUUAUUCCUUUAGAUGUCCAAAUUAUGUAUAAGUACCAUUAUUAGUUAAAAGAAAAGAAAAGCAAUAGAAUUGCUAAUCACUUUUUUUCUAUGAAAUCCAUUAUUAAAUUAUUUAUUGCUCUUUACACUGAACUCAGUUUCUAGAUGAAAUUUGUUAUAUUGAAAAAGCAAAGAAAAGCUCUGUCAGUUAGGAGCAGCUUUAACGAAUGCUUUUCUGAUAUUCUUCGUGUUAUUAUUAUUGAGUUUGUUGAAUUCUUUACUUUAAGUGGUUAAGAAAAUUAACAAAAUUUAAAUGAGUAACAAAUCCAGUUAUCUUUGAGCUUUAUUCAACUUUUAUCAGAAAUUAAAUAAACUGAAGCUUUUAUUUCAGUAUUAAAUAUUGUUAAGUAAGUAUCCAUUAAGAAUACCUAAAAUGCUUCAUUAAAGACAUUUGAUGCUCUUUGUAACUUUUUUGUGAACAUCAAGGCUAAAACUAACUAAAAUCGUCUACCUGGAAGAUAAAAAGACUUAGAGAUGUUCCUCGAUAAAAUUGAUAUUUUCUGCUCAUUUUUUGAACCUAAAUAAGAAAAUCUAUUUUAUUAUCAUUCUGAGCUCUUUUACUUAAGGGCAUGCAAGAUAUUUGAUGAUGAAAAUCACACUUUCUCUUACUUAAAUGUUGAUGCUCUUGAUAAACUAUUCACAAGCGUUUGCUAAUACGUUGACCCAAAAAUUCUAAAUAUUUUGUAUAACAAAAACUCAGAUAUACCUCAAAAAAUAAUUACUAAUUUUAAUUACAAUUCUUAUGGCAAUCCUGUAUUUACAAGAAUAGUGUUUUUCUUGCUAUAAAAGCCAUUUGAUCUCAAAAUGAAAAAGAAAAUUAUGAUUGAUACUGUCUUAAGCUAUGCUUUCCUUUUUAGUGAGAACUGCAAAGACAAAGUUUAUGGAAAAGAAUCUAAUUAUAUAAGAAGAUUGAGUAACCCUGAAGACAAACAAAUUAAAUUAAAAACCGAAUGUGAGGAAAUAGAAAAGUUUUUAACAAUGAAUGAGAUCGACACCGUUUCUAGAUAAAGCUUUUUUAACAAAUUCUUGCAUUCUUACAUAUAAAAUUCAGAAUGA